CACCAAUAGCUGUACGCUGUGCUGUGCAUGCUAAACUCGGAAAUUUGACCUAUACAGUUUUUAUAGUUAAAAUAGUGGCUGGAUUUUUAUGGUAGCGUAAACGUAGGAACUUUGCACAUGUCAAACUAUUGAACUACUUCGAGUUUUUUUUUUGUUUAGAUAAACAACAAAAACGUGAAAAGAGUGCAGCAGCUUUAGCAUGUUUAGCUUAGUUUGUUUGUGUCUGCGUUAUAAAAAAUGGACAGAAACUUAUUGAGGCAGUGUCUGACUUUUCAUGGAGAGUCUUUGUUGAACAAGCUGAAGUGUGAACAGGCAGAAAACCCAGACUUCCAGGCGGCGGUAUCUGAGCUGUGUAAGACCACGUAUGAAAGCAGCGGUGAACCACAGAAUAACCCCCUGGUGGAGCAGUUCAUUGCCAGGAAGGCUGAUAUCUUGUUCUGUCCAGAAUGGAAGACCGCCGCUCUUCAAGAUGAGGAGCAUGAGGACGAGGAGGCUGCAGAGCCAUGUGCCAUCAUGCCACCACUGGAGUUAUUCAUGGAGGUGUCCUAUGACGAAAGACGAGCCAUGCUAUACAGAGACUUGGAAAAAGGAGACCUUGUGGUGGGGAGGAUCAACAACAUUAGGGAAUAUGGCUUCUUUCUAACUCUACUUUGCAUGGCAGGAGGACUGAAGAGAGACAUCGAAGACCUAGAGUUGUCGGCUCUAUGUCACAUCAGAGAAAUUCCCUCCACCGGCAGCCACGAUGAUCCUCUGUCUUAUUACCAGAUUGGGGACUUCAUCCGAGCUGGAGUGAAAGACAUCGACCGCUACCAGGAGAAAAUCACAGUGUCCCUCCAACAAGCCUCUCUUUCACCCAGUUUGGAACACAUCAAACUGGGAGUCAUUACAAGGGAGGAGCUGCCCAUACACUACAGUCGAAGUGUUCGUGCAGCCAGUGACUCCAGUAUGACAUAUGAGUGUAUUCUGAUGGGUUGCCAUGGUUACCACAACCCCUCCGUAGUGGACUACCUGCUAGACAAGGUGGGAGUUAGCGACAUCCACCCUCCGUCGAUGAUGAGAGGACUGCAGAGUAAACUUUUCAUACAAGACGAUUUUGCCUCUGCAAUCCGGAAGAAGCAGUCUGCAUCCUGGGCCCUGAAAUGUGUUCGUGCUGGUGUGGAUCACUUCAAACAUGGUCGUCAUGUGGAAGCCAUGAAUGAAUACAACAAAGCCCUGGAGAUCGACACUAAUAAUGUAGAAGCACUGGUGGCACGGGGAGCUCUGUAUGCUAAUAAAGGCAGCAUCAUGAAGGCUGUGUCAGACUUUGAAUUGGCCCUUGAGAACUGUCCAGAUCACCGCAACGCCAAGAAAUACCUCUGCCAGACUCUGGUGGAGAGAGGAAAACAGCUUGAGGAGCAGGAGAAACUAGUAACAGCGGAGGGAUUGUACAGGAGAGCUCUGUCUCUCGAUGACUCAAACCCUGAGGCACAGGAAGCCCUACACAAGAUCACAGAAACAAUACAGAAAUCGAUUCGCCUGCGAGAAGAAGCGCUGGCUAAGGAACAGGAGAAAGCAAAGAGCGGUCCGACAAGCGCUGAGAAAUUGCGUAAGAUCUUAAAAGACGAGAAGAGGAUGAAGAAAAAAAGGAAGAGAUCAGCUUCUUCCGCUUCAUCGUCCUCCUCUGCGUCUGGAAACUCCUCUUUAUCAUCUUCCUCCUCUCGGAGGAGGUCCAAAAAGAAAAAAAAGAAGCGGAGGAGGUCUGAGCGGGAAAGCAAGCGCCAUCGGAGGGUCUCCUCAAGGGACAGCCGGAGGAGUGAGGAGGGUAAGAAGGAGAGAGAGGAGGAGGAGUUGGAGUGGUAUCCUGCACCUCCCAACACCUCUGCCACCUUUCUCAACCAGAAAGGAGGCCCUGAUUUUGGAGAGAGGGAUGAGGAGAAGGUAGAGGAGAAAGAUGUAGAGAGAAGGAUAUCCAAGCUUUACUCGUUGUCAGCAGCAUCAGAGGAUGAAGAGUCUGACUCUUCACGCAGGGAAAGGAAGAAAGGGGAAAGGGAGGAGAGCAGGGGGAGGAGAAGGAAAAACACAUUGAGUAGAAGCCCCGAAAAAGAGGAGAGGAGGAGCGGGAGUAGAGAGAGGAGGGAUAAGAGCAAAGAGAGAGGGAAAGAGGAUAAUAGGAGAAAUAGUGACUCCAAGAGGAGAAGCAGCUUCGACGAGAAUAGGAAGCGAAAAGUAUCCUGCUCGUCGGCCGAGUCAGAGUAUUCCCGGAAAUCUAAUUUCAAAUCUGAAUAUUCGGGGAACUCCGGUUCUGCUUCCAAACACUUGGAGAGCAGGAGAAGAAGUGACUCCUCCCAGAGAGGCUCCUUCAACGGCGGUAGGUAUGAGAACAAAGGGCGGGAAGAAGUUUGGGAGGUAGAAGAGGUGAAAACAGAGAAGGAAAGCAGAAAGGGGAGAGCAGAGGAGGAGAGCAGGAGUAGCAGCAGGUCAGAAGGAGGAAACAAUAAAAGACUGGAGCGCGGUGUGACGUCAGCAUCGGCGGAGAGGCCGAAAAAAGAGCUUCCUGCUAACCUGUUGGAUAUUUUUAACCAGAUUGCCAAGUUUGAGAAGGAGAAAGGAGUCGGGCCAAAAAAAUAACUCCAAACCUUUUUGUUCAUCACAGUUGCAGAGAGACGGUUAUUUUCAUUUGCAAAGUCCCAAAAGCGCCCGAUACAAUAAACUGAUGUUUGCAGAAAAUAAAGGAGAAGUUUUAUGGAUGGAAAUUGGCAAAAUUGAUGUCGGUACCAUGAAUUCACUCCUGAUAAAGCUGAUUUAAUGGUUAAAUGUGUUGCUGAUUCAAUGUCUCAGUUACCUUCAAUGUUGGACGGUAAAAAAAAAUAGUACUUUUACUUCGAUGUCUGUGCUAAUUACGUCAUAGUAGCUGGUCAAAAUGUAUUAAAAAUGUUCAUCUGAAUGGGUUGAAAUUAUAAGUUCAGCUAAGAAAAUACAGCUGUGAUAACAUUAGUAUUUUAAAUGGUGAUUAUUAGCAUAUUGUAAGAGUCUGCUAGUCAUAUCUUAUAGAAGAAAUGACUUCAAUAUUACAUUUGAAGAUGAAACCCCAUAGUUUACAUUUUGAGUCAGUAUUAUUACAUCAUCUGUGAUAAUCUCCCCAUUUCGUUGGUCAUUAUUUGUACAUUUUGACAAGUUAUUACAUUCGGCACUUCUGACACCACAUGAGUUGCUAAAGUCUUUAAGAUAACUGUGUUUUGUCUUUAUCUUCAGUUUCUGUGAAGAAGAUACUGCCUUAUGUCUACUGCCUUGUGCCAUUUUGAGCUUUUCUUUCUCUGGAUUGUUAAACCUCUUCUCAAACCUGACCGACUGUUAGUACGUCUGUACUUCUUCCAGCUUUACAAAAUACAGUUGUUUCAGUUGUAUUGCA